AUGUCCGGCCUCUUUUUACGCUACGAAAUAUCUCGAUACACAUUCGUCCUCGCUGAUGGACGUCCGCCAAACUGCAACGAUACUGUGGUAGACUUCGGUGAUCUCAGUUUCUUUCCGCGCCAUGAUGAAAUCUCCAUCGUCAAUUGUUGCAACGGGUUGCUGCUAGGCCUCUUUACCCAAGGGAACAACCUUGCGGAAAUGCCUGAGAGUGACCACUUGCCAUUCUGGAUGUAUUCGAAGAGCCGCUAUUUGAAGGAAAACUCAUCCAAUGAAAACAUGAAUAUUGGCGUACCUUAUUAUUAUGUCCAUUUCAGUCUGGUGGCUUUUCAUCCUGAUUUCGAGGUCAUCUUACUUCUGACGAGUGACAUGAUUCUUUCCUAUCAUUUCAACAGCAUGGAGUUGGAGGUAUGGGUUUCAAAGCCCGACUACUUCGACACUGCCUACCCUUUCUCACCCUGUCUGGCAGAUUUCUACAGCUGUGAACAGCGCUAGGAAUUUUCUACUUUAUUUGCUUUUAAGUCUGUUUUAUUUUUAGUCCAUGAUGUCAUCAUCGAAAUGAGGAGAGGUUGAGCUCAAUGUUAUGGCAUUCUUGAUUAAGAGGUUUGUUAACAA